AUGAAUAUGGAAAAUUCAUUUAUUCAAUUGACUGAUUUACCUGAUGAAAUUCUUCUGAAUAUUUUAAAACAAAUCAGCCAUGUUGAUGUACUCUAUUCUUUAAUAGGUGUUAAUAAACGAUUGAACAACAUCGGACAUGAUCGGAUUUUUACAAGUUAUUUAAAUUUAAUGAUAUCUUGUUCACAUGGUAAUAUUUAUCCAUUACCUAAUCCAAUACUUGAUCGAUUUUGUUUUCAAAUUUUACCUGAAAUUCAUGAUAAUAUUCAAUGGUUAAAUCUUGAAUCGUCAUCUAUGAAACGUAUUCUUCUUUCUACAAAUUAUCCUAAUUUAUAUCGACUUGAUUUAUAUGAUCUUGAUAUAGAAAAAGCUAAAGAUUUCUUUACUGAGAAUACUUCUGUAAUUCAUAAAUUCAAAAAUCAGAUUUCAUCACUUGCUAUUCAUAUUACUAAAGGUGAAAAUCUAAUAACAAGGAAAAAUAUGAUUGAACAUACAUUUAUACAAAUUUUUAUCAUAUUUGAUAAAUUACAAUAUUUGGAUUUCGGUUCACAUUCAAUUAAUUUUCAACGAUUCUUUUUUACUAUUUUACCUCCAACUCUUUUCUCUUCAACUCUAUUAGAAUUACGUGUUAGUUUGAAAAGAUUUAUUGAUUGUCUUUAUUUACUUGAUGGUCGUUUUAAUCAACUUCAUACACUUAAAGUUAAUAUUGCUUUUAUUGAGCAAAAUUCAAAAAUCAAUAAUAAAGAAAAACUUCCUAACUUAAGAUACUUUUCGUUACACUGUAAAAAUGAUACAAAUUAUUAUGAUGAAGAAAUAAAACCACUUGUACAACGAAUGAUGAAUUUAGAAACACUUAAUUUUAUUUUUUUGUUCAGAAAUUUUAAUCAAAUUGAUUUACGAUCAAAUGAAGAUAUUCAUCAAACAUUCAAAUAUUUUAAAGAUUAUCAAAUUAUUUCUUAUGUUUAUUAUUUUGAAAAAAGAAAUGAAAGUGAAUUAUUUAAAUAUGUUUCUUAUAUAUCAUUAUUUGAUGAACAUCCUUUUGAACAUGAAUUUUUUCUUCAAAUUCCACAAUCAUUUCCAUUUUUAAAAAAAUUAUCUUUAGUUAAUGAAAAAGGACAAAAUAAUAAACAAUGUAUAAAAUCAAGUAAUCAUCAUCAAAAUUUACCAAUCAUUAAAUAUCCUUGUCUAAUUCAACUUGACUUUGUUCAAGUGCAUGAAGAUUAUAUUGAACAAUUUUUACUUGAUAUAAAAACAUAUUUACCAUAUAAUGUGACUGUUUUGAGCGAUUAUCAAUCAAUGAAAAAUGUGACACAUUAUUUUAGAAGAAUGGCAACACAAUUUAAUUGUUCAAAAGUACGUUAUAUACCUACUAGUUAUGUUACUCAACUUCCAAAACAUUUCAAAAACUAUUUUCUUUCUACAUAUAUUCAUAAAUUUUCAUUAUUAUUUCAAUAA